CCCGGUCGCGCCUGCGCAAUUCAUUGGCGCCAAGAUGGCGAUGGAGAUGAGGCUCCCGGUCCCUCGCAAGCCUCUUAGCGAGAGCCUGGGCCGCGAGACUAAGAAACAUCUGGUGGUGCCGGGGGACACCAUCACCACGGACACGGGCUUCAUGCGGGGCCAUGGGACUUACAUGGGGGAAGAGAAACUUAUUGCAUCUGUGGCUGGUUCUGUGGAAAGAGUAAACAAGUUGAUCUGUGUGAAAGCUUUGAAAACCAGAUACAAUGGUGAAGUGGGUGACAUCGUAGUGGGGAGGAUCACAGAGGUUCAACAGAAGAGGUGGAAGGUGGAGACGAACUCCAGGCUGGAUUCAGUCUUGCUUCUGUCAUCCAUGAACCUUCCAGGAGGAGAGCUGAGGAGAAGAUCUGCAGAGGAUGAGCUGGCCAUGAGAGGUUUCUUGCAGGAAGGGGACCUCAUCAGCGCUGAGGUGCAGGCAGUGUUCUCUGACGGAGCUGUUUCCCUGCACACGAGGAGCCUGAAAUACGGAAAGCUAGGUCAGGGUGUAUUGGUCCAGGUUUCCCCCUCCCUGGUGAAGCGGCAGAAGACUCACUUCCAUGACUUGCCUUGUGGUGCCUCAGUGAUUCUGGGUAACAAUGGCUUCAUCUGGAUCUACCCUACACCUGAGCACAAAGAAGAGGAUGCAGGGGGCUUCGUUGCAAACCUGGAGCCUGUCUCCCUUACCGAUCGAGAGGUGAUCUCCCGGCUUCGGAACUGUAUCGUCUCGCUGGUAACUCAGAGGAUGAUGCUGUAUGAUACCAGCAUCCUGUAUUGCUAUGAGGCAUCCCUUCCACACCAGAUUAAAGACAUCUUAAAGCCAGAAAUAAUGGAAGAAAUUGUGAUGGAAACGCGUCAGAGACUUUUAGAACAGGAGGGCUAGGCAGAAGUGCCUGAAGGACAGGACUGUGCCUGACAGAGCAGCUCUUGGAAGUGAAGAAUCUGAGUUGUAGUUCCGUGUGUGGCUCCGGAACUCAUCAUGGACCUACAUCGGCCUGCCUCCACCACAGACCUGCUUUCUUCUGUUCGAAGGCCAAACCUGGGAGAGGUGAACUGCGCUGCUGGCCGCUUGGGCUGUCUGCACAUCCCAGCACUUGGCUGGUUUUGCAUCUUCAAAAGUACGCAGUGUUCCAAGUGGACUCCCAUCUGGAAUAAUACGAAGAAUCUUUCCUUUUCUACUUAACCAUCACUUCACAAAGCACAAUGCAUCAAGAAAUUGCCUUUAUAGGUUGGCUGUAUGGCUCAGUGGUUGAGCAUCGACCCAUGAACCAAGAGGUCCCUGGUUCGAUUCCUGGUCAGGGCACAUGUCCAGGUUGCAGGUUUGAUCCUCAGUAGGGAGCGUGCAGGAGGCAGCCGAUUGAUGUCUCCCUCUCUCAUCAAUGUUUCUAUCUAUCCCUCUCUCUAAAAUCAAUAAAGCAGCAACAACAACAAAAAUGGCUCCUUGACCCUAAA